GUUUUGCUGCGGAACUCUGAUGUCCAGUUUCUCUCGAACUGGAGUUAAAAGAUUAUAACAAAGAUGGCCACACGGACGUUGAAGGCGGUUCGAUGCCCGACAGAAGAGCUGUCUCUGACCAACUGUGUUGUCAUUAAUGAAAAGGAGCCAAACUUGGAGCAACACGUUGCCGUGUACAACAACAAACACGAGUUUGUGUUCACGCUGAGGAUGCACCCUGAAGUGAGCGUCGGCAGCAUCGCUUUCAGCCUGCCGCAGAGAAAAUGGGCAGGCAUUGUUCUUGGAGAUGACUUCAGAGUUACAAACUACAAGUUCGACAAGUCCAAAGGCUGCAUCAGCAACAUGACGGUGGAGAUCGACUUCCUGCAGAAGAAGUCCGUCGACAGCAGCCCCUACGACUCCGACAAGAUGGCCAAAGAGUUCCUGCAGCUCUUCAACAACCAGGCCUUCACCGUAGGACAGCAGCUGGUGUUCAGUUUCAUCGAUAAGCUGUUCAACAUUGUGGUGAAAGACAUCGAAACCAUGGACGCCGGCAUCUUAAAGGGAAAACCCGUCUCUGAUGGCUACAGGAAGAAGGUUGGUUUGUUGCUGGCCAACAGUCAGGUGAUUUUUGAGAAGUCCGAGAACUCUGCCAUUUUAUUGUCAGGGAAAUCUAAAACCCGAGAAGCUCGUCAGUCCAUCAUCAGCCCAGACUGGAACUUUGAGAAGAUGGGGAUCGGAGGCCUCGACAAGGAGUUUUCAGACAUCUUCCGCCGAGCGUUCGCCUCCCGAGUCUUCCCUCCGGACAUCGUUGAACAGAUGGGCUGUAAGCACGUGAAGGGGAUCCUGCUGUUUGGACCUCCGGGCUGCGGUAAAACCCUCAUGGCGCGACAGAUUGGCAAAAUGCUGAAGGCCCGGGAGCCGAAGAUCGUCAACGGCCCCGAGAUUCUCAACAAGUACGUGGGCGAGUCGGAGGCCAACGUCAGGAAGCUGUUCGCUGACGCAGAAGAGGAGCAGAAGAGGCUCGGCGCCAACAGCGGCCUACACAUCAUCAUAUUGGACGAGAUCGACGCGAUCUGCAAGCAGCGCGGCAGCAUGGCGGGCAGCACCGGCGUCCACGACACGGUGGUCAACCAGCUGCUGUCCAAGAUAGACGGAGUGGAGCAGCUCAACAACAUCCUGGUCAUCGGCAUGACCAACAGGCCCGACCUGAUCGAUGAGGCCUUGCUGAGGCCAGGAAGGCUGGAGGUGAAGAUGGAGAUCGGGUUACCGGAUGAAAAGGGGCGCGUUCAGAUCCUCAACAUCCACACGGCCAAGAUGCGCCAACACGACCUGCUGUCGGGCGACGUGGACAUCAAGGAGCUCGCCGUGGAGACGAAGAACUACAGCGGUGCAGAGCUGGAGGGUCUGGUCAGGGCUGCGCAGUCCACCGCCAUGAACAGACACAUCAAGGCCAACACCACGGUGGAGGUUGAUGUUCAGACAGCAGAGAACCUGCAGGUCAGCAGACUCGACUUCAUGGCUUCUCUGAACAACGACAUCAAACCGGCGUUUGGCACCAACCAGGAGGACUACGCCAGCUACAUCAUGAACGGUAUAAUCCGCUGGGGCGACCCUGUGUCGGCGGUUCUGGAGGACGGAGAGCUGCUGGUUCAGCAGACCAAGAACAGCGAUCGCACCCCACUGGUCUCGGUGCUUCUGGAAGGCCCACCGAGCAGCGGGAAAACGGCGCUAGCAGCUAAGAUCGCAGAAGAAUCCCAGUUCCCUUUCAUCAAGAUCUGCUCUCCUGACAAGAUGAUCGGACAUUCUGAGAUUGCAAAGUGCCAAGCCAUCAAAAAGAUAUUUGAAGACGCCUACAAAUCCCAGCUGAGCUGUGUGGUUGUGGACGACAUCGAACGCUUGUUGGAUUACGUUCCGAUUGGACCUCGUUUCUCCAACCUGGUGCUACAAGCUCUGCUGGUGCUGCUGAAGAAGCCGCCUCCAAAGGGUCGUAAGCUGCUGAUCAUCGGCACCACGAGUCGGAAGGACGUCCUCCAGGAGAUGGAGAUGCUGGACGCGUUCAGCACCGCCAUCAACAUCCCCAACAUCUCAGGAGGGGAGCAGCUUGUCGAGGCGCUGGAGCUGCUGGGUUCCUUCCAGGAGAAAGAGCGUAUGAGCAUAGCUAAAGCUGUAAAGGGCGAAUGUUUAUUCAUCGGGAUCAAGAAGCUGCUCAUGUUGAUUGAAAUGGCUGCACAGAUGGAUCCUGACUACAGGGUUAGUAAGUUCCUGAGUCUACUGAAAGAUGAAGGAGCAUUGGGUUAUAAGCUGGCAAGAAUCUAAACUUGUGGAGCCGCAUGGUGGAGAAGAGGCAUCCCUCCAUGACGCUCGGCAUCAGGAGCCUGAAAGAGGCUGGCAGGAAUCCAUCCCUGAAGCUCCGUGGCGCAGACGCCAACCGGGCCACCGUCUCCUCUUCAGCACCGUGUGAGCGCCGAGAAAUCAGAUACAAACUCUCCUUGUUUGUGUUUUGUGUUUGCUGAUGACGCUGUAAUCUGCGACGCCCCCGACACUCUGCUGGGUUUUUAUUUAGAAGAGCUUAAAGUUGAAACGGGUCGGGGCCAACGAUGAGCUUCCAUGGCCGGAUGUGCACGAACACUAAUUCUAUUCGUUUAUACAGGUUUUAUUUUAUUGCACAGUUAUCUAAU